CCACAACAGGUGCGCGCCCCCUCCCCCUCCCUUUAGGCUCCACCUGUCUCCCCUCCUCCGCAAGGGUUCUUGACCCAGAAAGCAGCCGUCAUCCAGUAGCAGUGGUAUGCCGGCCAGCACGCACCCCCCCCCUGGUCACCGGAUCGGCGGCAGCUGCUCGGUCCCGGAGCUAUUUUCACCCCCCCUGGACAGAGUGCUGCAGAGCAGCCCCAGUCAGACCCGGGGGCGGAGAGCAGCAUGAAGUCCGCAGGCACCGACGGCUUCUUCCCCUCUGAUCCGGACGACCUGGACCUGGACAGCGGUGGCGGCAGCGACAGCUCCUACGGGAAGUCCACCGGCGACGGCAGCCCGACGCGCGGAGAACUAGAGGCGGGGGGAGGAGGCGGUGGUUCCCGCGCCGCAGCGCCCCGGCGGAGGAAACGGCGGAGACGCAGCAGCGACGGAGACGCGGGAACCGCAGGCGUGAGCAAACAGAGGCAGGCGGCGAACGCGCGGGAGCGGGACCGGACGCACAGUGUGAACACGGCGUUCACGGCGCUGCGCACACUCAUCCCCACCGAGCCCGCGGACCGGAAGCUCUCCAAGAUCGAGACGCUGCGCCUGGCCUCCAGCUACAUCUCGCACCUGGCCAACGUGCUGCUGCUGGGGGAGGCGUGCCGGGACGGACAGCCCUGCCUCCGAUACCAGAGCGAGCGGCGCCCCGGCGCCCCGGCGCACGCGCUGCGGCCCAUCUGCACCUUCUGCCUCAGCAACCAGAGGAAACUGCUCCGAGACGGAGGGAAACACUCGGCCGCUGUGUGAAGCAGCCAGGAAGUCCACCUUCACCUUGUUUACAUGUACACCUGUAGGACUUUGUACAUAUAGAAAUGUAUAUUUAUUUUUGGAUUAGACUAGAACAAGAAAUUAACACUGGAAAGCACUUUGUGUCCGCGCUGCUGUGUUUCUGAACCGCUGUGUUUUGGUUGAGCUGUAACCGGAGCCCAUGUGUAAAGUUGCACCUGACGGGGGCUAUUUUGGUCCCCCCCCCUCCCCCCAUGCCCAAUGCCAAAAAAAAGCCUUGUCACCCUCACAUGCUGUCAGUUGAUUUUAAGACUAACUGCAGGUUUAUUUUAAGACUAACUGCAGGUUUAUUUUGAAGAUGAAAAAGGUUUAGAUAUUUGCAGUGUGUUGAAAUGUUUACUUUUGCAUCGUUGCACAAUCUAUCACUUUAAAAAACAAAAUGCAAAAAAUGUUGAAAGUUUUGUGUGCACCCAGCAUGCAAACAGCAUUAGGUUCUGGAGAAUAUAUAAAUGUAAUCCUUUUACUGUACAACAUGUGUGUCAAACUCAGAAGACCCCCCGGGACAAACACUCAGAUCCAGACUCUAUAUCGAUUAAGUUCACAAUACAUUUUGACCGGUUAACAUUUUGACCGGUUAACAUUUUGACCGGUUAACUUUUUGACGCUUAUUUCGGUAUUUGUUGC